UGUAUUUCACAUGUAUUAUCACUUCACAACCACAUCUGCCUCUUCAACUCAGGCCUUAAUCUACAAUAUUCCAUAAUCAAUUUCAACAAUGGCCAAUCUCCGUAUCCCAUCAUUUAUCUUACCAAUUUUCCUUUUCGCUUUGUCUUCAUUAAGCUACAAUGCUAAUCUGGUGGAUGCUCGCCAACUUUUGGAGACACCAUUGCCGGAGAUACCCAAGCCUGUAUUGCCAGAGCUACCACCAUUGCCUAAGGUUGAUUUGCGGCCAAAACCUAAGCUUCCAAAGCCUAAGCUUCCCAGAGAACCUGAGCUCCCAAAGCCGGAGCUUCCCAGAGAGCCUGAGCUCCCAAAGCCGGAGAUUCCCAAAGAGCCUGAGCUCCCAAAGCCCGAGCUUCCCAGAGAGCCUGAGCUCCCAAAGCCGGAGCUUCCCAGAGAGCCUGAGCUCCCAAAGCCCGAGCUUCCCAGAGAGCCUGAGCUCCCAAAGCCCGAGCUUCCCAGAGAGCCGGAGCUCCCAAAGCCGGAGCUUCCCAGAGAGCCUGAGCUCCCAAAGCCCGAGCUUCCCAGAGAGCCUGAGCUCCCAAAGCCGGAGCUUCCCAGAGAGCCUGAGCUCCCAAAGCCCGAGCUUCCCAGAGAGCCUGAGCUCCCAAAGCCGGAGCUUCCCAGAGAGCCUGAGCUCCCAAAACCGGAGCUUCCCAGAGAGCCUGAGCUCCCAAAGCCCGAGCUUCCCAGAGAGCCUGAGCUCCCAAAGCCCGAGCUUCCCAGAGAGCCUGAGCUCCCAAAACCGGAGCUUCCCAGAGAGCCUGAGCUCCCAAAGCCCGAGCUUCCCAGAGAGCCCGAGCUCCCAAAGCCCGAGCUUCCCAGAGAGCCUGAGCUCCCAAAACCCGAGCUUCCCAGAGAGCCUGAGCUUCCCAAAAUGCCUUAGCUCCCCAAGGUGCCGGAGUUGCCAGCAGUUCCUCACUUGCCUGACCUUGACAGGCCCACAUUGCCCAAGGACUUUCCUGUGAUCCAUCCUUGAAUUAGUCUGUAUAAAUAAUAUCUAAUUUAUGUACUUUAUUUAUAUCGUCUAAGUGUGCUUGCUUGAGCUUAUUUGACGUUUCAGUAUCGGGAGGGUGAUUCAUUGUGGUUUCUCUAUGUAUAUAUUUAUUAUUAAUUUAUGAUUCUUGUUUAAGUUUCUCAUA